AUGCCUGCCUUCGAAGACAAAGAACUCGGCGCUGAUGGCAAGAGGCCUGAAACUCCUUCCUCCACGAACCCUAUGGUUGAGCACUUGCACAAGGUCUUUGUCAAUGGAUCACCUGCAAAACAUCACAGCACACUGGAAGUCCCAGGCGAGAAUGAGCACGGUGGAACUAUCGAAGUUCCAGCAACCAGAUCUGCCAUAGCAGAAUCAGAAGCCCUCAUGCACUCUCUGAGCAUGUCUCCAUCUCAAGUCGACCGCCGAGGCUCGCGUAACAGCUUUGGGGCUUCAUUGCCAAUCCCAAGAUCAAAGCGUCAAUCCCGUCUCUCUUCUGUUGCAACUGCAGAUGGAAGACCAACAAGACCCGGCAUGCCGGCCAUACAGCCUACUCGAGAGAUUCUUUCGUCUCAGUUGCAGGAUAUGUCGUCGAUCACGACAUCUGCUGCCAAGAACAUGGCUUUUGCCUUUGAUAUUGACGGUGUGCUUGUCCAUGGUGAUCGCCUGAUCCCAGAAGGGAAGCGAGUUCUUGAGAUCCUCAAUGGAGACAACGAGCUUGGCAUCAAGAUUCCUCACAUUUUCCUUACAAACGGAUCAGGGAAACCUGAGGCGGCCCGAUGUGCUCAACUCUCAAAGAUCUUGCACUCCCCAGUCUCGACUGAACAGUUCAUUCAGUCCCACACUCCCAUGUCAGCGCUGGCUGAAUACUACGAGACUGUCCUCGUCGUUGGAGGAGAGAACUACCAAUGCCGCGAGGUGGCCAAGGAAUACGGGUUCAAGAACAUUAUUGUCCCCAACGAUAUUGUUGCAGCACAGCCCACCAUCUCCCCACUAAAGGAGUUCUUCACUGCCGAACAAAAAGCGACAUCCAACCCCAAAGAUUUCAGCAAAAUCAAGAUCAACGCCAUCCUCGUCUUCUCCGACUCUCGCGACUAUGCCACCGAUCUUCAAAUCAUCAUGGAUCUGCUCCAAUCUGAAGAUGGCGUACUGGGCACCAUGGCGAAAGACCCAGUCUCGCAGCGCAUCCCCAUCUACUUCUCCCAGGGUGAUCUCCUGUGCCCCACCGAACACCCCGUGCCCCGAAUGUCGCAAGGCACCUUCCGCAUCGCUCUAGAAGCCAUUUACAAAGCCGUCACUGGUGUCGAGCUUGAGCGAGUCGUGUACGGCAAGCCCGAGCUGGCCACGUACAAGUAUGCUGACGAAGUCAUGGCUUCAUGGAUGGGUACUAUCCACAAUGACGAGCGUCUCCCCGAGAACAUCUACAUGAUCGGCGACAACCCACAAUCCGACAUUAUUGGAGGCAACAUGUACGGGUGGAAGACCUGCCUGGUGCGCACUGGUGUGUUCCAAGGAGGCGAGAACGACGAGAAGAACCCGGCCUCCUUUGGGGUGUUCAACAACGUUCUCGAGGCCGUCCAGACCGCGGUGAAGAAGGAGCUUGGGGAGGACUUCAAGUUCAACUGGAGCGACGCCAUGAACCCCGUAACUGCUAGUCACGCUAUUUCAGCCAUCGAGUAA